CUGUUACACAUAUUUUUCUCUUUACUUAUCAAAAGUAUGUUAAGUAUCAUAAUGAAGUAAGAUGAAUGUGUUUCAGACUGACUGAGCUGAAGGGACUGGAUAACUGUAAGAAGAAGUGGGAUAAUAUUGACAGCAUCAAUCGAGUGUUUUGCUGCAAAAGACUGAAAUAUCAGAAUAUGUUCAGGAACACUGGAAAGAGGAUGCUUUCUUUGGCUACCAGUUUCUAAAUGGUGUCAACCCCAUUUUGAUCCAGUGUUGUGCAACCCUGCCCAGUAACUUCCCUGUCACUGAUGACAUGGUCUUUCCCCGUGGCCAGUGCAGCCUGAGAGAUGAAAUGAAGAAAGGGAAAAUAUUCCUGUGUGACUACAAGCAUCUGGAAGGGGUGAAAACAAACACCAUCAAUGGGAAGAAGCAGUACUUGAUGGCUCCUCUCAUCCUGCUCCACAAAGCUCCUGAUGAUAAGCUAAUGCCGAUUGCUAUUCAGCUGAAGCAGACUCCAUCAGAUGACAAUCCGAUCUUUCUUCCUACUGAUUCUGAGUACGACUGGUUGAUCGCCAAGACUUUUGUAAGAAGUGCAGAUUUCAAUCACCAUCAGCUCAAUGCUCACCUGCUGCGCACACAUUUGCUGGCCGAGGUUUUUGCAGUGUCACUGCUGCGCAACGUGCCCAUGGUGCAUCCUCUGUACAAGGUAACUGACGUUUGCUGAAACUCCGUUUUCUCUCAUAAAUCAUGUCACUGCACGCACUGUUUAC